AUUAGCCUCAGCUGUCAGUCACAGCUGGGCUGGGGGGGGGGGUGUGAUGACAGCAUGCAGCGCACCCGCCCUGUGUCUCCAUUGUCAGCAGUGCGCGAGGAAUAUAUGUAUUUUGGACAUGGAAAAGGAGAAACACGACAAAGCGAUGGAGGAGCUGGUGUGUGAGCUGCGUCUGUUCCUGGACCUGUUGGACCGGGAGUAUCUGAGCGCCGGGGUUAGAGAGAAGAAGACUCACCUGUCCAACAUCCUGCUCAGAGUCCUCUCAGAGAAAGAGCCUUCAUUCAAGUCCGAGAUCCACAGUGGUCUGCCGGCCCCGCCUCAGAUGCCCCUGCCCGAGAUCCCUCAACCCUGGCUGCCUCCGAACAACGCCCCCCCGCCACUGCCCAGCUCCUCUCUACCAGAAGGCUACUAUGAGGAAGCGGUUCCUUUAAGUCCUGGAAAGGCGCCUGAAUACAUCACUGCCAACUAUGACUCGGACGCCAUGAGCAGCUCCUACGAGUCGUACGACGAGGAAGAGGAGGACGGGAAGGGCCAGAAGAUGCGUCACCAGUGGCCGUCUGCCGAGGCGUCCAUGGACCUGGUGAAGGACGCUCGGAUCUGCGCGUUCCUCCUGCGCAAAAAGCGCUUCGGCCAGUGGACCAAGCUCCUGUGUGUCAUCAAAGAGAACAAACUGCUGUGUUACAAGUCGUCCAAAGACCAGACCCCCCAGAUGGAGCUGACCCUGUCGGGGUGCAGCAUCACUCACGUCCCAAAAGACGGCAAGAAGAAGAGGCACGAGCUGAAGAUCGUCCACCAGGGGGCAGACGCCCUGGUGCUGGCCGUGCACAGCAAAGAACAGGCCGAGGAGUGGCUCAAGGUGAUGAGAGAGGUGUGUGCUAAUGGGGGUGUAGACCUGGAUGGAGCUGGAUCUGGAUCACCAGUGCACAAACCUGAACUGGAAAAGAAAGCAUCUCCAGACCAACCUGACACAAAUUAUGAAUUCAAUCCAGAAUCUCAGUCUCUCUCUCUUUCUCUCUUAGGAAAAGGAAAGAAGAGCUCAAAGUCGGAGCAGAAGACCGGGACGGUGGGGAAGGGAGCAGGCAAGAAGAUCACCAAAAUCAUCGGGCUGGGUAAGAAGAAGCCGUCCACAGAUGAGCAGACCUCCUCGGCAGAAGAAGACGUACCCACGUGUGGCUACCUGAACGUGUUGUCCAACAACCGCUGGCGGGAGCGCUGGUGCCGCCUGAAAGACAACCAGCUGCUCCUUCACAAGGACCGGGACGACCUGAAGAGCCACAUCGCCUCGCUGCCCCUCGGAGGCUGCGAGGUCAGCCCCGGCCUGGACCACAAGCACCCCUUCGCCUUCCGCCUGCUGCGCAACGGCCAGGAGGUCGCGGUCCUGGAGGCCUCGUCCUCUGAGCAGAUGGGGCGCUGGUUGGGGAUCCUCCUGGCCGAGACGGGCUCCACCACCGACCCCGCCACCCUGCACUACGACUACAUCGACGUGGAGACCACCGCCAACGUCAUCCAGCUGGCCAAGCAGUCCUUCUGUUUCACCAGUAAGCGCGCCGUCUCGCCCAACCCGUACCUGGACAACCCGGUCAACGGCUACGCCUGCCCCACCGGCAUGGCCCUGCACUACGAUGAUGUGCCCAUUAACGGGAUGGACCCGGAGGCGCAGUACUCCCGUCCCGGCACAGGGGGGCGCCGGCUGAAAGAGGAGCUGCACUAUGAGAACACUGAGCUCUAUGAGAACAUGCCCUCGCCAAAGCGGGACGCUCGCCUUCCUCCCAAGUCUUCCUCUUCUACUUCUUCCUCCUCCCCCGCCUCUGCCGGUCACUACAACACCCCUGUUUCUAAAAUCUCUUCAAAGUUCCUCACUGCUGAUACUAAAACUAAAGCCACUGCUCAGCUGAAGGGAAAGAAGGGCGCGGGGGCCAAUGGGACGGCGUCCAAACAGAAGGCCGAGCCAAAGAACCAGCCUAAGAAGAACGGGGUCAACGGGACCAGCGGGACCGCGUCCCUGAAACGCAACAGCUCCAACGCGGAGCAGUGUAAGUACGGCAAGAACCGCGUGGAGGCGGACGCCAAGCGGCUGCAGGGCAGGGAGGAGGAGCUGAUGAAGAAGAAGCAGGAGAUCAGGAACCACCUGAGCGUGCUGAAGAAGGACCGGAGGGAGCUGCGCGCGGCCGUGGAAGCUGCAGCCGGCAAACGGUCCCUGGCUUCGCUGUCGGAGCGCCUGAAGAAGGUGGAGGAGGACUGCAGGCAGAGGGAGGAGGAGCGGGUGAACCUGGAACUGGAGCUGACGGAGGUGAAGGAGAGCCUGAAGAAAGCCCUGAGCGGCGGGGUCACCCUGGGCCUCACCAUCGAACCCAAGGCCGGCUCCUCGAGAGUCCAGUCCCCGGCUGAUUCGCGGCGGACCCAGGAUCGCCCCCUUCUCCACUGCGACACCAGCGACACCGAGUCCUGCUCCCUGCCCGCGUUCACACGCUCCUCGCUGCUGCCCGCACCCCUCCCAGAGACCUUGUCCCCCCCGGUGGUAGUCCUCAGGGAAGGCCAAGGAAUGGGAGCAGAAGACCGGCACAUAAACCGCCCGACCCCCCCACAGCACACGUACUUUCAUUCCUCUCUUCUUGUUAAGAAACUGUGUAUCUAUUUAUUUAAAACUGUCCAGACGGUCUGAGAUCGUGUUGAGGAGCACGCGAGCAUGAACAAAGCCAGUUUUAGCAUACUGUCAGUGCCGCAGCGACGCAGCCUUUUCAAACCGUUCGACCAAUGAGCAUGCUUAAUGUCCUAAGUUGUGCGACUUGUGUUGUUUUGCUGUACUUUCUUUUCGAGCGACCCCGUUUUUCUCCCUUUUUUCCGCCCACGUGUCAUCCAGCUGGUCGACAGUGUGGGUCAAAAGCCAGUAUUUAUUUGUAAAUGUUUAGAGGAAAUAGUAGCUUCCCUUUUAUUUAUGUUGAUAUAUUUAAA